UGUUGUCCCACUUGCCUCCAUCACCAAAUCACCAUCACCAUCACCCACAACCACAGCCACACCACCAUCCAGUCACAUCCAGCAACAAUGAUCCUCAUACCAACCGAAAUCGACUGCAUCACAACAGCCAAGCUGUUGGCAACUGCACUGCCACACUUCCACUCCGACUCCGUCAAGCAAGGUGCCCUUGCAUUGCCCGGCGGCGAGGCUUGCAAGACUUGUUACCUUUGCCUGGUGUGCCGCCCCCGCAGGCGCAUAAUAAUUACCAUUCGCAUCCGGAGGUCGGCAAAGUACUGGGAGAGAAUCCACAAGCUAGCGUGGGGCCCCGAGAUGGAGGUUCGGAUGGGCUGGAGGGUUCGGUACAACUUUGGCAGGGGCAGGGAGGAGGAAGUCCCGAGGGAGGAGGAGGAGGCCUAGCCUCGUGUUGUGUCUGUAGAGUGCCACAGUCACUCGGUGGCUCCCACCCCUCCCCUACGCGCCUCCUCAGUAUUCCGCCCAGCCGCCGCCGCCGCCGGGUAGUCAAGGAUGGUACUACGUACCGAAUGGCCAGAAGCCGGAUCAGAACGACGGGUACUAUGGCAACCAGCAAGAAGAUGUCC